UUUGAAUACCGAUCUAUGUAUAAAAGCAGCUACGACACUCCAGGUACGAAAAGGAAGGCAUCAGUAUCGUUCAGGCCUCCCUUCUAAAAACAGGAUCACAAGAGCUCAGUAGUAGAGUAGUGACCGAGAUCCAGAAGGUGACGAUCCACAUAGGCCACGAGAGCGUCCAUGGAUAUAGAGAGCAACUGCGCAGUGGACGACCGCGGAAAAAAUCUAAAAUAUAGGCAAGGGAGAGAUAGCCGAUGCCAGAAUGGGAACACAACCCCUAAGCCGUAAUCGAAGGGAUGAUACAUAGUAACCGAGAGCCGUGUCGAGAGAAGUGCACAUGUACGUGGCUCUUAGUCGUGUGCGUUAUUCCAUUAUGAUUUAUAUUACAAUAGUAUAUUUUGAAAAAAUAAUGCGAAUUUGAUUGAAAUGUAAAACAUAUAAAUAGCACUGAGGUUUUCACAAUAAUUUAAAAAGUCAAGCACGGUCAAUUUUGUUUAUAGAUAUUUAUUGAUAAGUUUAACUCUUUAAAAAUAGGUAGAAAAUAUGCAACUAAUAAGAAGCGGCACAGCUAGUAAAAAAAUUGUUUUUAAUUAGUUUUAACACUUAUAAGGUUUAGAUCUCUCUUUUUUUUAUGUAGAAAAGAGUGUAGACUACGCAUUGAUGGCAAAAAUUCAAAAAUCAUAAUUUUGUGUGUUGAAGCAUUCUUAUAUAACUACGGCCAAUUGAGAAUAAUUAUCGACGACAGCUUACGUAAUAAUAAUAUAACUAAUAAUAUUAUUAUAUAAAUAAUAAGUAAUAGUAAUAACUGAUAAUGUAAUUAUUGUAUGAAAGCCCAUUUUAAAUAGCACAAAGCACUGAAUCAAUGUUGAAUCGACCGUUGACUAACUAAUAUAUACUGCUAGGGAUCAUGUAGUAAAAAUUCUCAAUUUUGACAGUUUGACAAGAUGCCGACUUCAUUGUUUCUAAACCGUUUUGUACUUGAGUGUACGCGUCUCUCAACUGUGUGCGUUAUCCCCUCCACUCCAUAGUUUACAAGGGGUAGCGUCCAUCCUGCGUCUAUCCCUAUUAAAAUCAUCUCCAGCGCAGCCACGAGUCCAUUGCAUGCGAGGAGUAUCUCCAGCGUACAUAACGAAUUGCACGAAAGGACGAGUUGAAAGUCAAUUCAGAGAGAAUCACAAUGAAUAUCGAGACUGUGGAUAUUUCGCCGUUUAGAGCGAAAAGCAAUACAAUGCCGAGCCAGCAGAUAUAUGGUAAUAUGUCGAUGGCGGAAGCGCUACCAAAAUCAUUUCCCUAUACGUACACGUCAUUGUCGUCGUCGAGUGCGAACAUCUAUGAGAAAGCGUGUGUACAAAACACACAAGAACAAGCGAUACCGAUGUCGCAAGUCGCUACUUUAAGAUUUGCUGAAAUUAUAUAUAGUUGCGGGAAUUAUCGCUAUAAAAACGAUCACGACGCACAAGCGUUGGUGAUUAAUCUUUCUCAGCACAAAGAGCUGUAUUCGGAAGGGAUGCAAUUUCUGGAAAACAAAUUCUCAAAUGGCACCGUCCUCCCAAUCUUCCUCAAGAAGUUGCACAAGAUAGUCGAGUUUGAGGCAAUCAUAGGUCUGCUGCCUGGUAAAUCUGAAGUAAUGACACAGCUGAUGGCGCCGAAAGAUUGCAUCCACCUGUUAUUCCAUCUAUUGCUUUACUGGCUGAAUCUUCCGUUCUCCGAGAAACAGAAUGGGCUAGACGUGAAUCUACCCAUGAACACCGGCCAUAUGUGGAACUUUCUUAAGGAUUUGAACUUGCUGCACUUUUACAAGGACAUCAAGAAUCCGUUGUGGCUUCUGGAUAUCAUGGACAACCUCAAGAGUAACCUGCAUAAUAUGUCCAAAAACGAAGAAUAUUUUCGUAUGCAAACCUGUGUACAAGAUAUACAAUCUGAACUUCUUGCAUUCAUUCACACCCAUCCAGAGCCGAGUACUCACUUUCGUAAGAUCGUGGCAUAUACAGAAAUACUCAAGUGUCGAGUCAUGACUCGGCAGCUCGAUGCGGCCACUUAUCUUGGUAUUCUUCUCAGCUACAAUAAUAUAUGUACACCCCAUACACCGCCGAAUUUACGAAAUAUAUUGAAACAUAUAGUGAAACCAUUUCCGGAGAAGCAAUUCCCAAAGAAACAAGAGGACUUAAUGCAAGAAGAAUUCCCCUUAAAUGCUAAUCCAACCCACUCAGUACCAUUUGCGACCUCGUUUUUUCAUACGCCACAAAAAAUCAACAUAACUGUAAAUCCCAACGCGGUUACUAACGUUCGGAACGUAACUCAUAAUACGUCAAAUAUUAUUAAUGUGAAAGACGUCGAUAUUUAUCAGUCAGGGAUUAGCAGCGCAAUAAAAAAUUAUAUGCAAUAUUAUCAGAAUAUUCUACCACUUGAUGUCGAGCCAAUAUCGAUCCAAUCGGGAAAUACGAAAAGAAGCGAUAGUCGAUGGUCAACAGAUAACAUAAAUAUUAAUACUAAUUUACCAAUGACCAACCCAAAUAUAAAUAUGAUAGGUUUGAAUGCAUCGGUGUCGCUUCAAUCGGAAAAUUCGGGAGAAAAAUAUAAUCAGUGGUUAAUAAAUAACUUAAAUAUUAACACUAAUUUACCGGAAAUCAAGUCAAAUGCGAGUAAUCAAAGUGAUAAUCAAAAAUAUCUAUCGACCCAGGCAAGCCUUGUAUCAAGUAGUGAAGAACAAAUACCGUUCGGGAAGUUUGUAAGAAAUGCGAAGAAAAUUGAAGAUCAGGCUCGUGCGUUUCAAACAUCCCCUUUGAUAAAAGCAAUAGAAAGAUUGGAAAGAUUGGAGAGUAGGAAAAAACUCAAAUUGAAAUACCUUCGUAAAGUGGAAAAUAUGAUAAUAAUAGAAAAUAAUCGUCUGAAGCAAUUAAAAAUAUUGCACAAUCACUGUAAUUGAAAAUUUCUUCGCGACGGUUUCUUAUUCACGCCCGUUUAUUUAACGGUUGUUCAGUAUGAUAUUGUAUAACUGUGUGAUAUCUUACAAUAAUUUUAUCUAUAUUUGAUGUGCAGGGUUGGGCAUUUCCGUGUAAAUUAUGAUAGUCUACGUUUACACGGAAAAAUGUUUUUAUAGAUAAUUGAAUGGGGACCAAGCAAAAAAUUCACUAAAAAGAAAUAAUGUCUCUGUUACUGUAACUGAAAACGUUCUGAACCUUUGGCUGUAUUAAAACUCGGUUAAAGUAACGGGAGCAAUUGGCUGAGUAGAAACCUCUUAUAGAAAUAUCUCUAUUCCUACAACCGAGUUUUUUAUCUCGUCGUCAAGUUACAGAGAACUCAGUUACACUAACGGAGUUGCUUGUAGUACGUGUAGGCAACAUAAACUAUGUGUGAGAUGUUCUCUAUGUGGGCAAUGAGUAAUUUAUCGAUGUCGUUCAAAGAACGUAUGACUUGCUCAAAAAUUAAUUGAAGAAAGUUUAUAUUUUUAUUUAGCUUUGAGAGAGAGAGAGAGAGAGAGAGAGAGAGAGAGAGAGAGAGAGAGAGAGAGAGAAAGGAAAGAAAAAGAGAGAAAGAGAGGGGAG